CUUGGGGCCCGGUAACACGUCCCAGCCCUGAAGUUUUGGAGGUGGGGCGAGCUUUAAUUUGACUAUAUCUAAGGAUUUCAGGAACCUCGCUUUAAAAUGGCGGCAUCCACUAUACACCCCUGCUAAAGGCUCGCCCUGCACCGGGGCCACCUAGCGCAGAGCUGCGCUGCUUUUUUUUUUUUUUUUUUUUUUUGCUUCUCCCGCUAACAGAUGGCAUGUGCGGCUGUUGCUGCCUCUGCCCCUAUUACUGCCACAGAGAGCAGGGCCCCUUAGCCUCUGAGUUUGAGCUAGCGACGGAAGGGUCGGUGCACUCGUGAGAACUGCAAGUACCUCCACCCUCCUCCCCACUUAAAGUCACAGCUAGAAGUUAAUGGGAGAAACAAUCUGAUUCACCAGAAGACUGCCGCAGCCAUGUUCGCCCAGCACAUGCACCUCAUGCUCCAGAACGCUCAGAUGUCAUCCCUUGCAUCUUUUCCUAUGAAUCCAUCACUUGCAGCUAAUCCUGCCAUGGCUUUCAAUCCUUACAUGACUCAUCCUGGCAUGGGCCUGGUUCCUGCUGAGCUUUUACCAAACGGUCCGGUUCUGAUUUCUGGAAACCCACCUCUUGCACUGCCAGGAGUUCCUGGUCCAAAACCAAUUCGUACAGAUAGACUGGAGGUUUGCCGUGAAUUUCAGCGUGGAAAUUGUACCCGUGGAGAGAGUGAAUGCCGCUAUGCUCACCCUACGGAUGUUUCCAUGAUUGAAGUCACUGAUAAUUCUGUGACAAUCUGCAUGGAUUACAUUAAAGGCCGAUGUGCCCGGGAGAAAUGCAAGUACUUUCAUCCUCCUCCUCACUUGCAGGCCAAACUCAGGGCAGCUCAUCACCAGAUGAACCAUUCUGCUGCCAAUGCAAUGGGCCUGCCGCACGGUGCACUUCAACUGAUACCAAAGAGGUCAGCCCUUGACAAGGCCAAUGGUGCCACUCCAGUCUUUAACCCCAGUGUUUUCCACUGCCAACAGGCUCUGGCUAACAUGCAGAUUCCGCAGCAGGCUUUUAUCCCGACAGUGCCCAUGAUGCACGGUGCUACACCUUCCUCCGUGUCUACAGCAACGCCACCUGCCAGCAACGUUCCCUACGUUCCAACAACUACAGGCAACCAGUUGAAAUAUUGAGCAGCAGAGUUACAGAGUAUCAGAAUCUCUCAACAAGAAACCCCUUGUGGCCUUUCUAUAUGUAUUCUUGUAUGUCUUCUUGUACCAACACGACAAUAAGCAUGUCAAUAUAUUAACAGGUAUAUUAAAACACAUAUACCUGUUGACAAAUUCAAAUUUUAAAAAUCUGUGGAGAUGUUAAAGCAAAUAGAAAAUUAACCAGUAUGUGUCACCUUAUAUGGAUUAAUUGUAUAUGAAUUAGCAUACAGAAUACAACCAUACAGCUUUGUCAUGUAUAUGAAUUAUCAGAUCCAUGUUACAUGAAUUUUUCCAUCUGAUAUGAAUUACCAUAUUGAAUAUAACCAUAAAAAUUUGUGACUGCUUUCCAGUAAUGGUUUAUGGUAAAUGAACUUCCACAGUGUACUGUAGGCUUACUGUAUACUCUUGGUGGAUAAAUUCUGUUUUUGAAGUGUUACCUUACUGUUUUGUUUACAAGAUAGUCUAUAGGAUUGAUGUAGAAUGUAACUGAUAUUUGCCACAUCAUUUUCCUCCAUUGGUAUAUUGUAUUAAAUUGGGUUCUGCUUAGCUCUUUCAUGCUAUAGUGUUUUAUUGUUUAUACGUGGUACUUGAUUUCAAUUAGAACGUCAUAAGUGGGGAACAGAACUAUAUGUGUCUGAAAAAUAUGACAGGUUCAUGGUAAUAUGCCCUCUUUAAAACAUUUCUGUAAAUUUCUGGAGGCCUCACUUCUGAGUGUGCACAAAAUCUGUUCAUAUAUAGAAUUUUACCUGUAGAUUUGACCUUGCAUAGUCAAUAAUAUACUAAAUUUUUAAAAGAGAAAAAUACUUCCCUACAUGCGAUAGGAAAAUUCAAAUGUUAACCUCAAACCAUUCCUCUUAAAUAAUUUGAGAAUCAAGUGUUCACAUUCCAAUAAAUUUCUUAGCAUGUAUAAAAAUUAUGGAGAGUAGCCAUUACAUUUAUUGUGUUACAGGAAUCCUAUCUCUCAGCUUGAGUGUCUAAAUUUGAGCCAUUUUUCAUCUUCAGCUGAGAAACUGGUACUUACUACUUUAAAGGUAUGCUAAUCACAGGUUGAAAAUCAAGCAGAGAGAUGUGGGCGUGGGGACAGUUUUUAUGUACUGGCAGAAAGUGUGUAAAACCUUUGCAUUGUAACCUUUUGCACAAAUGCCGUUUUCCAAAUGCAAAUGGCUUGUGCUCUUUUGACUAUUCUAUGAAUAAUAAGUAAGAUGCAGUCUGGCAAAAGUCAGUCCAGGUGAAAGAAAAUUGUUUCCAAAUGAGGCCUUGCCUCCCCAAAUGGACCAUCUUUUCUAUUGAUCACAGAAGGAGGCUGAGUACAGGUUUAGAGAAAUGGCAGGAAUGGGGGCAGGGAGAGAUUUAAAAUGACUUGGAAUGUGCAAAAGAACUAGAAAAGGUUUCCGAAGUUGUCUUUCAGUUUAGUUUAGUUUAGCUAAGUUUCCAAUUUUUGUAAAAGCAGCAGUGAAGUAGCAAAUAUUUGUGCUGUAUUGACAAGGGUUUCUCUGCCAAAACUUUCACAUCAGAGGGUUGGUCGGGGGAGGGGGACGGGGUGAUGAUGAUUUGUUCAGUUUUGUCCCAGAACCAAACCUAUUUUUGUCACAUCUGAACUUACUUGCCUUUGUAUGUGUUUCAAAAUUAGUUUUAGCAUCCUUUGGUUAAUAGAGAAUAGCAAUAGCCCAUGGAGGUGUGAUAUGAAUUCUUAACUAAUACUUAGGAAAUAAGCUACAAAUAUAGUAAUCCAUCUAUUUCUGUGACAUAGUGUACUUCUUCUACUCCACAAAGUUAUUAGCAUUACUAUUGUUAUAAGAGGGAGGAAACGUAUUUUCCAAAAGCCUAAGUAAAUUGAAUAUUUUGUACUCAAUAUAUAUUCUCCCACCGGAAAUCAUAAAAUCAAAUUUUUGUACGUAUAACAGUUGUUUUUCUUCGUGAAAAUUGGGAGGAAAGAGAAACUGUUUGGGAUAUCAUAAGACAGGCAGUUGGAUUGAUUUGCAGAACAGUGACAUUGGCAAAGACUUUAUUGCCUUUUCUAAGGUUGGUAAAACAGAGAGCGAGACUGUGUGACUUGCCUCAGGCUGCCUAGCCAUUGUGGGAACCAAUUGUUCUCCCUUUUUACAUCUUUGGAACACUUGAGACUCCUACUCAAAGCAGAUCAGAUUGGCUCAGAAUUUUCAAAAAGCAAAACUACCUCUGGUGGAUGGUAUCCCAUUGAUCUUAAUUAUCCAGGUGAAUCCUGGUUACCAGUGAUUGCUAAAUACUCUUGUUUUUACAUUGGGCCUCUGCCCUUUGUUAAAUAUUGCCUGAAGUUAAGAGAUUGAGAGUGAGUUGUCUGCCCUUUAACCUGUGGGCUCUUUGAACCACUAUAUUUCUGUUUUCUAACAUCGUAAUUCCAGGAAGAAUGUACCUGAGCUAGUCUAGAUGUAGUUAUUAAUGGAUAUGGAAAUGUUUUGUGCAAAAUGAACUUUUUGUAGUUUGACAGUUUGGUGCAACAUGCUAUCUCGUUUAACUUCUUAAAGUUUUGAUCAAGAUAUAUGUAGAUGAUAACCUUGUUCUCUUGUUGCUCUAAGCACUGGAAGAUAUUAAUGUUGACUUAUAUUUAGGAGAAGAUUCAGUGGGGAACUUUCAGGGCAGUUGUCUUUUUGGUGCGAUGAGUUUAAUGUGAGUGUUAGCAUUUUAAAAGUUGCAAUGUACAAUGAAGUUUAAGAAAGCAAGCUCAAAACUCGAACAUUUUGAUCAAAUUUGAUGGAGUUUUGAGGGAAAUGAAACUUUAAGAUGGCACUCUAGUUGUGCAAUGACUCGUGAUCUUAUUGAAGAAAAGACAAGUCAGUUGACUAUAAAUUGAGUUAACAAGACCCAGUCACAACUAAUCAGUGACUCUAAACGGAAAUUUACCCAAUUAUUUGUAUAUAACCCAAAUUCUAAUCAGUUGUGAUUUCUAGUUAGCAUUUUUUUAGUCUUUGUGUUUUAUCAUGGCCUCUAUUUUUAUUUUUCCAAAAUUAUUGUCUUUGUCCAUCUCAGCCUUUUGCCAAAAUUUGCAAGAACACUGAAACUUGGAUAACAUGUGUCAAACCUACAAAUAAGCAAUCUAAAUUUGUCAUUUAAGAAGAGCUUAGUUUCAGUUUUUACAAAAACCAUGAGACUGCAAUGAGUAGGGCUAGAAUGAAAUCGAAUGGAUUCAUACAAGUGCUAUUUAAAUACAGUGUUUACUUUUGAAAUUGGAGCAUGAAUCCACACCUAUCUAUUGCUUUUCAUUUGAUUUUUCUAGAUAAAUCUUCAAUUUCCAUCUAGUCAUGAAAGCAGUCUGCUUGCUAUUCCAUCAGUCUUGCUCUGUCGUCCAUCUCUGAGCACCCUAAAGCACUGUGAUCUUGCCCUAAGUGUUGUCCUAUGCCACUUGGCUAUGCCCGUCAUAGGACUCCCAACUCCCCUGCUCUCAACUCUCAGCAGGAAACAAAUGAACUUAGUAUUCUGUAAUUGGUUUCACUUUAAACAGCAUAAGCAGUAAGACAGUGCUGUUUAAAGAAAGAACGGUAGCUGCAGUACAUUGUAGGAAGGGAAAGGGGCGGCUGAGGCCGCUCAGGAGCUACUCGGAAUGCCAGGUGAUUCUCUUCCUUGUCUUUGGUGAGUGUUGGUAAGGGGGCCCUAGGUGAAAUGCAGCCAAGGUUGUUGAAGAUCUGGCAGUCUCUGGGAUAGGCUGUGGCACGCAGAAUGAUUACUAGCAUAGUUCUCGCUCCACCUUUUUUUAAAAAAAAAAAAAAAGCUCUUCUACAUUUCACUGAAAUGGAAAUGAGUAAAAUUGGGGGGGGUGUCUGAUUUGAUUUGAUUCGUUUGAUGGAUUUGAUCCCAAGUUUUGAUUUGUAGAUUUAAUAAGAUAGUGGCCUAAUUUUACCAGAGCCUGUUAGAGAUAGUAGAAUAAAAAUAGCCAAUGAGAGAGUUUAGCGCUUUUUUUUUUUUGACAGUUUAGCAGAUAGUCUAAUCAAACUGUAAAUUUAAUUACAAAUACAGGCUCUGAGUACCAAGUUACUAAUUGGUGCCAUGUUUUUGUUUUUCUUAUUGUUAGUUUUUAAGGUUUUAAUUGUACUACAUUUUUAUAUCUAAGUAUCCAAUGAGUUUAAUUUUGAAGGAGAGUUCAAGAAAGUUUAAGUUUUUACCACUUAUAUUCAGACCAUUUCUGUAGGCUCUAAACUGACACCAUAGCAUAAUUCAGUAUAGAUACAGUCCAGAACUACCCUCUACAAUUCACAGUUCAAGAACAAAUUUAACAUUGUACACAAAUGAUAGAUGUCAGCUAAAUAUAUUUAGUUGUUGCCUUGGCAACAAAACUACAACAUGGCUACCUUUAGACACUUAUGCAUGUAAAACUUUUAUGUGUAAGCUAUAUGUGGUUCAUGACAGUGCAAACAUAUUGAAGAUACAGCUCAAAACUCAGAAAACUGAUGUUUUUUGAAGCCCUGUGUUCCAUAUGAAAGCUGAAUUUGUGUCCUCAUGUAACUUUUGAUUCGAAAAAGAAGUUUAUAACACAUGGAUUCUAGAAUUGGACUUUAUAGUUUAAAGAAUUUGUUGUGUUGAUAGGGUUAUUCUACAGUAUUUUGACACCAGAACAAGCUUGACAUUGAUAUUACCCGGCCUUUUUUCAAAACUACCUAUUGGUGUAGUAUCUGCAGUUAUAAAAAGAUUAUAUUUUCUGGCUUUAUCCACAAAAACUAUAUGUGAGGAUUAAAGCAUAAGUAAACAUUUUGAGAUUAACUAAUGGUUGUGAAGCUACACAUAAAGAUACUAUAGAAGAGCCCCUGAACAGUGUUUAAGAGACAUACGCUGCACUUCCCCAACUGUCUCAGUUAGGGUGCGAAUGUGUGAGACCCGCCUUUUUUUUUUUUUUUUUUUUUUUUUUUUUUUUUUUUGCACUUAUGUACAUAGUCCAUGAGAGCAAUCCUUGGAGCUUUUGACAAUGUAAGAAGUCUGUGGUAAUAGAGGAAGGUUAGUGAGAGUGCUUUGUGAGGCUCUAAGAAUUAGUGACAGUAUAGUGUUGCAGUACUGUUGCGGAGGCUUGCUAGCGUGCUACAGCCCACCAGAAGCUCAGACUGCUAACAGAUGCCAGAUCCCCUAACAGCACUGAGUGAGAAUAGAAAGCACUUCUUUUCGUAAGGCUACUAGCAAAAAGUAUUUGCUUUUUUAAUUAACUCCCACUGUAAACACACACACACACACACACACACACACACACAUGCUUGUACCACAUAAUGGAUAAGGUAAGGUUCCCAGUAAGAGAUUUUCUUUUUUCCAAUUAUAGAAAAAAGAGAACCUACUCUGUACACUACAAGCUAGUUACUCUCAAAUCUAAUUAAAACAGAUCUCAUUCUUCGUAGUUCACAUUUUUAUCAAUUAAUGUGGAUUUAAGUGAUAAAUUGUUAAUAUUUUAACUAAACAGACGUGAAGCAGCCCAAAUCUUACAGAAGAUGGACCCUGGAAAAUGAUGUCAAUUUAACCUACUCUGCCAGUUCUCACUCCACAUUUGCAGGUAGCCAAGGAGCCUUCUAGUUGUUCUCCAAGGCACUGAGGGUUAGCAAAGUUGGAAAUUUGAAAGGUUAAGGGACAGAUCAUCACUGGCACUUUGAAUCCUUCCCAUCUUAAGACAGGUGUCUUUCACACUAAGGACUCCAUCCUAGGCUAGUUGUGAAAUGUUGCUUUUCAUACACUGCUAACUCUCUUGGAGACAUAUAACUAGAUCUGCAGCCAUAGCUCAUUAGUACAGCACUUGCCUGGAUGAACGAGGCCCUGGGUUCCAUCCCCAGGACUGCAAAGGGAAAAAAAGGGGGAAGAAAGAGAGAGAAAGAUGGAAAACAGACCAAAGCCACAAACAACCCAAGCCUUACAUGUAUCUCGUAGCUCAGGGCCAGUUGGCUAAAAAUUACUUUUAUUUUUCCCCUCAGCUCCUGAUCACUAAGUCAGCUUGUUGUAUUGCUAUACAACAAACGCCCUGACAACCUGAGUAGCUGUUUUUAGCCAAUAGAAGAUGUAAGAAUAUAUUCAUUUUACAGUUAGGAAUGCCCACUUCAGCCUUACUACACCCAUAAUUUCACUAUUUAAGCAGCAUCGUUACGUGGACAUUUCCUUGUGAAUCUCUAAGUCAUAAAAACGCAUCUUCAUACGGAUAAUAGAAAGCUGAAAUUUUGUGUAUGGUGCUGGGAAUACAGCCCAGGGCUUUGUGUGCUAUGCAAAUGCUCUAACACCAUGGCUAGCCAGCCAUAAGAUUUUAAGUCCAGAACUAUCAACCAUAAAUUAGUAGGGAUGAGCCUUGAAGCAUCACAAAAGAUAGCCAAUGAAUUUACAACAUGUGCAUGCCCACCACCACUUGGUCCCAUGCUGAAGCUUAAACAUAGUGACUGUAUUUCACUCAAACAAAGGAGAGAAUUAAGUAUAACGAGUUCAUGUGACUCAAGCUAAAAGAUAAAUUUGGAUUUAAGUUUGAUGAACUUAGCAUUUCUAGCCCCUCUGCCUUGCCUAUAAGUGAAUUACCCACUGGAAUUAAAAAUCUAGAUUAUCCCAAAGAAAAUUUAUGUGUAUAGAGAACCCUCAAUCAUACUGUACCUAAAAGAUGAAAAGUGCUUUGGUCCGAAAUAAGUUGCCGCUCUGUAUAGAUACUACAAGAAUCCUCACUAGCCCUCUUUUACAUUGUGUUACUUAAAAAAAAUACCUCUGUAGCAAGACCUCCCACACAUGUACAACCUUAAGAUUCUAUCAUAGAACUGCAUGGUUGCAAAGCUUUAUUUCUGUAUACAGAUGCUAUCUUUUAAUGAUGGAAACCAAAUUGUUGUCUUGCCGUGUCUUUUGUGUCUAGCAGUUGAGUGGAUGAUAUGACCAUCAUUUCAUUAGAUGCUGGGGAUAACCUCAAAAUGUUUCUUAUUACCAUAGCUGUUCCUUUGGUUAUAAAAUGAGCCAUUUGUUCCCAAAUUCCACUAAUUAAAAUGAGGUCCAUUUUUAAGAAAGUGAGGUCUCACUCACUAUAUUGUGUAAACUAGUCCAAAUUCCAUGGCCUUGAAUGAUUUGAUUCUCCCUCGGCGUGACGUAUUUUGCUUUCCCACGAUGAGCUAGGUUAUUACUUUGUGUAAUUUUAAAAGGAUAACUUCUAGCUCCAGCUAACAACGAUCUGGACUGUAGGAAGAGGAGGCAUUCGUCUUGGGCAGAAAAUGGCAACGUAAGAAUUUCUUUGUCCUGUGCCACAAUUAAAAACUUCAGUAAGGACCAAAAUAUUUUACAAGUAAAAACUGUUCAAAUAAUAUUUUGUUCCCAAAUGUGGUAAUUCAUUCCCUCAACUGCAGAUGUUUGGACUUUUUCAAGUUACAGUGUUGUAUGCCUGUUUGUGUUUAGAAGUGUUCAUUAUAUAGCUCAUUUUAGUAUGCUACCUUUUAUGUUUCUUUUUUUAUUCUUUCAAUAAAGUUUGCAAAUUCGUUGGUUA